GAUAACCGAUAAGAGAAUUCCAGAAGGCUCGCAUCCCCUUGAAGGAGAAGGAGCUUCGACGAUGCCGACGCAUCAACUCACUAAUCGCCCAUUUUGUACAUUUUGUACUUGGCCUCGUCUCAGAAUCGACUCAAUCACGGUAACCCCCCUUGCAAAGCCGCAAUUGUCGUGACUCCUUAGUCAGAAUGUAUCCUUUUCGACUUCUCUUCAUCGACUAAGUCGUAGCCGCUUAUAAUAACAUUUCAAUAGAAAGGGAAUAAUUGAAGAAACAAAGAAAAAUAUAUAUCAAGGCCGCAAACCGCAAAACAUGUCAGCUUCGCCUACGUCGAUUGGCUCUUCCCAAGUGGCUGCUGAUCAGCCCAAGGAUACCAACGCGAAGGAUACCAACGCGUCGGAUGAACCCCUGUCCGGCUCUCAACCCAAGUCUCAAGACGCAAAUCAUGGCGAUCCCACACCAUCCGAAUCUCCUGAGCAAAGAAGCAGCGCUGCGCCCGAAUCAUCUACGGCAUCGCCUCAAUCGCGAGAAACUGGCGAGGCUUCACCUGUCGCUGAGGAAAAUACUCCUCCCUUGCCGAACGAACCGCUUCCUGCGACCGAAGACGACGGCUGGGACUUCCAUUGGGACGCAACAAGUCAGGCCUAUUUCUUUUACAAUCGAUUUACCCAUGAGACCACUUGGGAAAACCCAAGGCUAGCCAAUAAGGGCUCGGCCGCGGACUCGACGCCGCAGGCACAGGCAACCGUGUCCAGCGCUGUCGCUAUCGCUGUUGAACCGCCGAAAAAUGAACGGCCACCAGCUGGAGGCUAUAAUCCGGCGAUCCACGGCGACUACGAUCCGAACGCCUGGUACGCCAAGCAAGGCGCCGAGAACGCAUUGGAGCAGGACCCAUCACUAGACGCGUCGGCUGCCUAUGCGGCCAUGGGUACGUUCAACCGCUUCACCGGGCGCUGGCAAGGCGGCGACCAGAACCCCGAUAACCACAACGACGAAGCGAAGUCUCGGCGACAGAUGAACGCCUUCUUCGACGUCGACGCGGCUGCGAACUCUCACGACGGACGGAGUCUAAAGGCGGAGCGGUCCGGCAAGAAGCCGACUAGGGCCGAGCUCAAGCAGUUCAAAGAGAAGCGCCGCGCGAGGAAGGAAGAGAAACGACGGGCGUGGCUGAGAGACUAGGCAGAGACACGUGGGUUGCUACGCUAUGUACCUGGGGAAUUGGGUUGGUAGGUACCUAUACUAGGUAGAGAGGAGGGAGGGGCGGAUACCUGCAUGGUGCAUCGAGGUCACAUACACGGCGUUGGUGCAUACGGUUUACGUAUAGGGGUCGCAUGGAAGCAGAUGGCCUGUCAGCUGUCAGGGGUCAUCUUGCGUUGCAUAUUCGGGACGAGCAACGUCUGCAUUACAUUGUCUAGAAAGAGGCAUCGUCACUAAGUUCGUUUUGGAUUGCAAGCGGCCUUGACGCGCUUGGACAAUGGACCUACUGGGUUAGUUAACCUCUUCUCGCGUUUUCUUAGCUUUCGGAUUAUACUUUAUACCCCCAAAUGAUAAAUUACUUCGAGACGUAUGUACUAUGUACGCUCUAACUUCGCCGCCUGGAUUGCACGAACUACAUAAGGUUCUACUGGUGCUCAUAUGUCCGCUUAUAUAUAUACACCCC